GACAAAAGAGGAAUAACCAUGGGUGAAGCCGUUAAGGAUCAAAGAGAAGAAGCGAUUCAAGCUUGGUACUUGGAUGAUAAUGAAGAGGAUCAGAAACUUCCUCACCACAAGGAUCCUAAGGAGUUUGUAUCUUUGGACAAACUUGCAGAGCUUGGAGUACUUAGCUGGAAACUUGACGUUGAUAAUUAUGAAACCGAUGAGGAGUUGAAAAAGAUCCGCGAAUCUCGUGGUUACUCCUACAUGGACAUUUGUGAAGUGUGUCCAAAAAAGCUUCCAAAUUAUGAAGCAACAGUAAAGAUGUUUUUUGUAGAACAUUUACACAUUGAUGAAGAGAUUCGUUACUGCCUCGCAGGAAGUGGAUACUUUGACGUGAGGGAUCUCAAUGAUGUUUGGAUUAGAGUAUGGGUAAAGAAGGGAGGUAUGAUAGUCUUCCCUGCUGGAAUAUAUCAUCGCUUCACCGUGGACUCAGACAACUAUAUGAAGGCAAUGCGGCUUUUCGUGGGGGGACCAGUGUGGACUGCUUACAAUCGCCCACAUGACCAUCUUCCUGCAAGGAAAGCGUAUGUGGAUAAAUUCGUGAAGGUGAUUAGGGACCGUACCAUAAACGCUUCAGCGUAGAGGGACUCUCAGGCAUCAGAUUUCUAUAAGCUAAACAUAUGUUUAGAUGUUGUCUUUAUGCUUUAUGAUGUUUACCACUAAAACCGAAGACACUUUGGUUCGUGUGUCUUUGGCAUUAUUGUUGUGUUGUUGUAAUGUUACCAUCUUCAUGUCUAAGAUGUUCGGUAAUAUUUGGAAGGAAAUGGAAAUGUUCGUGUUGACAAAAUACAUGAAAGUCAAAUUA